ACAAAUAGUAUUAGUUAUAUAUUCAAUUGAGUGCAAGUCUCCAACCCCAUCGAUCAAACUCACAUUUCUACUUGCAUCACAAAUGGCCUCACAAAUCAAGGUUGAAAUUAUCGAGAGGCAAACAGUUAAACCCUCCUCCCCAACUCCUCAUCACCUUAGAAAUUAUGAGCUCUCUCCUUUUGAUCAGAACGCUUUUCAAAUCUACCUCUCACUCCUUCUCGUCUAUCCAAAUGCUGAUGCUACUACUAACAAUGAAAGAUGUCAGCAUCUGCUGCAAUCCUUAAGUAAAACUCUCACUCACUUCUACCCUUUAGCAGGAAGAAUCAAAAGUGACGCCGUGAUUGAGUGCAACGAUGAUGGAGCUGAAUUUGAGAAAGUCCGAGUCAAGUGCUCUCUAUCGGAGAUUUUGGAACACCCAGAUCCCGAGAUGUUACGACGAUUCCUUGCUAUUGAACAUGAGUCCAGUGAAUCGGUCACAGGCACAUUGCUUCGUGUUCAAAUCAACUUGUUCGAGUGUGGUGGAAUGGCAAUUGGGCUUAGCAUUUCGCAUAAGUUUGCUGAUACCGCAACACUGAGCACAUUCAUCAACUGUUGGACUGCAACUGCUCAUGAUGAGUCAAAAAGGGUAAUGUUUCCCAAAUUUGGGGCAGCGUCUCUGAUUUCACCACUAAAUUUGUCCAACUCAGAGCCACCGCCAUUCCAACCAGAGGAUGCCGCCAAAGAAAAAUGCAUGACAAGGAGGUUUGUGUUUGAUGCCUCAAAGAUUGCUGCUCUCCAGUCUAAAGUAGCCAGCUCAGUUGUGCCCAAACCAACAAGAGUAGAAGCAGUUUCAGCACUCAUUUGGAAAUGCCAAAUUGAAGCAUCAUCCAGAUCAUCAUCAAACAUGCUGGGGACUAGCCUAAUAAGGUCAUCAGUCUUCUGUCACCCCAUGAACCUGCGUAAAUAUGCAGUGCCGCCCUUGCCAGAAAACUUGGUUGGGAAUCUAGUGGAUUUUUCAGUAGCAGACUACUCUCACCCCGGGGAGAGUACUAGUGUGAUAGAUUUGAAAUACUUGAUUGCAAAAAUCAAGGGAGCGCUUGAAGAAAUAAAAGAGCGUUGUGCUUCAAAAGUAGCAUUCGAUUCUAACAAAGCAAGGGAAAAAAUGAUAGAGUACAUGGACGUGGUGAAAAAUGCUGACAUAGACAUGUAUGUCUGCUCAAGUUGGUGUCGAUUUCCAUUUUAUGAAGCCGAUUUCGGAUGGGGAAAGCCAUCAUGGGUGAGCUACGUUCCUGUUGAAGCUAACAAUCUAACUGUUUUGAUGGACAAAAGAGAUGGCAAUGGAAUAGAAGCAUGGGUCAAUCUGAGCCAAGAAAACAUGGCCUUAUUUGAAAGCAACGAGGAGCUGCUUGCAUACGCUUCUCUCAAUCCUAGGGUCACCUACUGAGUACUGAUAAGGGAGGCAGUCAUUAGUGCUGUUCGCUGCCAUGGCCUUCAAUUUGUGUUAUCAAUAAAAUGGUCGGCUAGUUUAUUUUUUAGCUCAAUAACAACAGUUGUACUGUUGGAAACUUGGAAUAAUGGAAUUGUUUUUUUAUAGAUUGUACCCAAGCGGCGGAUCCACAUUGGGGUAAAGGGGGUCAACUGACCCCUGCAAACCAGAAACCAUGGCUUGGGGAGAAGAAAUUUGACCCCUGCAAUUGCUGCUUCUUUUUCUUUAAAACGGUAGGCCUUACUUGCUUGAUUUGCAGACGGCGGCUACCUCGUUGCAGGGACGCUGUGUUAGCGAGAGGAAGAAGAUGAGGAUUUCUGACUUUUUUUGGUCUUCUCAAAACACACUGAACGACGUCGUGUUCUGAUCCAUAAAAAAGAAGAAGGAAGAAUGAUGUCAUUGUCACGUGGGUAAAGCCCACUAAGCUUAGGUGAAACGCUCGUUUGGUCUUUAAGUUUUUUGGUCAAACACAUUUGGUAUCAUUUUGUAUUGUACUUAAAAACAAAUAGCAACUUAAUGGGCUAAGGCCUGGUUUCAUGACAACGGUUAAUGGGUAAAUUAUUUAAGAAGUUUCUCAUAU